CCAAGAUGGCGGCACCCAUUGAAUCGCACCGUUUUGCUUAUGUGGAACUAUCAACUGAGAAACACAACCAAACACAAUGUAUUGUGUGAAUUUUGAAGAGAUGCACAAAGUUGACUUCGAGUAACACCAUUUUAUUUUUACAUUAUUUUUUUAUUAUUAUUAUUUUUUUAAUAUAAAUGGCUGUGCAUUCAUGGUGUUACGGAUUUAUGUUGUUUUGACCUGCCGGUUUUCUACGAAUAUUCUGCAAAGCGUCGAGAAAGAGGAACUUAAUCUCCCGGCACAAUGGCAUCUGGCUCAGUCCUGCAGCCACGGUGGAAGCGGGUUUUGGGUUGGUCCGGUCCUGUCCCCCGGCCCCGACAUGGGCACCGUGCGGUUGCAAUCAAAGAAUUGAUGGUCGUUUUCGGGGGGGGCAAUGAAGGAAUUGUGGAUGAGUUGCACGUUUAUAACACAGCGACCAACCAGUGGUUCAUUCCUGCUGUCCGUGGUGAUAUCCCUCCUGGUUGUGCUGCGUAUGGUUUUGUGUGCGACGGCACCAGGCUGCUGGUGUUCGGAGGGAUGGUGGAGUACGGCAAAUACAGCAACGAUCUGUAUGAACUGCAGGCUAGCCGCUGGGAGUGGAAGCGUCUGAAGGCCAAGUCUCCUAAGAACGGCCCUCCUCCCUGUCCCCGUCUGGGCCACAGCUUCUCCCUGGUAGGGAACAAAUGCUACCUUUUCGGAGGACUGGCUAACGACAGCGAGGACCCCAAGAACAACAUCCCCAGAUACCUGAACGAUCUGUAUACGUUGGAGCUGCGUGCCGGCUCCAGUGUGGUUGGCUGGGACAUCCCCAUCACCUACGGGGUGUUGCCCCCGCCCAGAGAGAGCCACACCGCCGUCGUCUACACAGAGAAGUCCCGUCUGGUCAUCUAUGGAGGCAUGAGUGGUUGUCGUCUGGGGGAUCUGUGGAUCUUAGACAUAGACACCCUCACAUGGAAUAAGCCCUCGAUCAACGGAACAGCUCCUCUCCCUCGCAGUCUCCACUCUGCCACAACUAUCACCAACAAGAUGUACGUGUUCGGAGGCUGGGUUCCCCUGGUGAUGGAUGACGUCAAAGUAGCGACACACGAGAAGGAGUGGAAAUGCACCAACACACUGGCCUGUCUCAACCUAGACUCGAUGGUGUGGGAGUCAGUUCUACUGGACUCUCUAGAGGAUAAUAUCCCCAGGGCCCGAGCUGGACACUGCUCCGUGGCCAUCAACUCACGUCUGUACGUCUGGAGCGGACGGGACGGCUACCGCAAGGCCUGGAACAACCAGGUGUGCUGUAAGGACCUCUGGUACCUGGAGACAGAGAAGCCCCGCCCCCCGUCGAGGGUGCAGCUGGUGAGAGCUAACACCAGUAGCCUGGAGGUGAGCUGGGGGGCGGUACCUACUGCAGACACCUACCUGUUACAGCUGCAGAAGUACGAUAUCCCCCCCGCCCCGGCCGCCACCACGACCGGCGUCAGCCCCGCAACGCCACUGCCAGUCAAUUCCUCCCCCAAAAGCCCCGUCUCGGCCUCGGCAGUGUCCGCCCAGGGCCACCCUCUCCAGGGCAUCACCCUAGUUCCCUCCAUGCCUGGGAGUCCAGUUCCUGCUCGCGGACCAGCUAUUCUUAAGGUGUCUGCUCCCCAAUCCACCACAGGCGCCUCCAUCGUCACGGUGAGACAGGCCAACCAGGGCGGGAAAUCCCCUGUCAUGGUUACAUCACUUCCUGCUGGGGUCCGAAUGGUGGUGCCGGCCCAGGUCGCACAGGGAACCCCAAUGGGCAGCAGCCCUCAGAUGAGUGGCAUGGCUGCGUUGGCUGCAGCAGCUGCGGCCACCCAGAAGAUCCCGCCCUCCACGGCCACCAUGCAGCUGCCAGCCGGUGCCACCAUAGUCAAGACAGUAGCCAUGAGCCCUGGCGCACAGACUGUCAAAGUAGCUUCGCCUGUUAUGAUUAGUAACCCAGCUACUCGCAUGCUGAAGACUGCUGCGGCUCAGGUGGGCACGUCAGGUGUCGCCACACCCGGAACGCCCAAUCGGCCAAUCAUCACCGUGCACAAGUCCGGCACGGUGACAGUUGCCCAGCAACACCAGGUGGUUACCACGGUAGUGGGAGGAGUCACCAAGACCAUCACUCUGGUUAAGAGUCCCCUCACUCUGGGGGGAGGUGGCACGCUGCUGACCGCGGCCAACCAGGGUCAAAACAAAGUGAUGUCUGGGAAGGACGUGCAGCAUUGGCUGUCUAACCUGUCCAACCUGGGGAAGGUGAUGUCCGUGGUCCAGACCAAGCCUGGUCAGACAGGAGCGGUGACGGGACAGGCUGGCUCCAGCCUCCAGCACAUCCUACAGACGAAGGGUCCUCUUCCGGCGGGUACUAUCCUGAAGCUGGUGACGUCAGCCGACGGCACGCCCACCACCAUCAUCACCACUUCCAAGGCCGGGGCCACCGUAGGGGGCAAGCCCACCAUCUUGUCCUACAGCAGCAUGCCUACCUCCACCUCCAAGCCGGGCACCCACAUUAUCAAGACCAUACCCAUGUCCUCCAUCGGACAAACUGGAGUGACAGGAAGUGGUAUGAAGUCCCCCAUUACCAUCAUUACCACUAAGAUGAUGACACCAGGCACCGGGACACCAGGCAAGAUCAUCAGCGCAAUGCCCAGAACUGGGGCUGGUCAGCAGGGACUCACACAGGUGGUGCUGAAGGGUGCCCCAGGACAGCCCGGAACUAUUUUACGGACUGUCCCCAUGGGAGGUGUACGUCUCGUCUCCCCGGUAACGGUUUCCGGUGUCAAACCUAACGUCACCACCCUGGUCGUCAAGGGAACCACAGGUGUGACUUCGUUGGGUACGGUGACUGGCACAGUGUCGACCAGCCUGGCAGGAGGAAGUGUUGCCACCGUUGCUCCUAUCACCACCUUGGGCACCAUGACGACCCUGCCUGGACAGGUCACUGUCUCCGCAGCACAGGCAGGAGGCCAGGCAGGAGGCCAGGCCACCCAGGUGACCUUAAUCACUUCCCCUAGCGGUGUGGAGGCGCAGCCUGUCCAUGACCUUCCUGUCUCCAUCCUGUCGUCCCCCACCUCCGCCGACCCCUCCUCCACCCAGCCUGAGGCAGGCGACCCAGGCACCGUGACCCUGGUCUGCUCAAAUCCCCCUUGCGAGACCCACGAGACCGGCACCACCAAUACAGCUACCACGGCCUCCGCUAACAUGACUGGUAAUGGUGGGGUGGAGAGGGUGUGUUCAAACCCGCCGUGUGAAACCCACGAGACCGGCACCACCAACACUCAAACGACAGCGUCCUCCAACAUGGGCCAGGUACAGCAGGUGUGCACCAAUCCACCGUCAGAGACCCACGAUACAGGUACCACCAACACCCAGACCACAGCCAGCUGUAACAUGGGCUCCAACCAGCAACAACAAGGCUCCAACCAGCAACAACAAGGCUCCAACCAGCAACAACAAGGCUCCAACCAGCAACAACAAGGCUCCAACCAGCAACAACAAGGCUCCAGCGUAACAAACAGCUGCGGGUCUGACCCCCCGUCCUCUCCGCCCUCCUCCUCCGGAGACCUCUCCCCCUCGUCUGUUUCUGGUACCAGCUCUGUGCCCGGGGUGCUGCGACCGGAGACUCUGAGAACAGGGACCACCUACACCUCCACCACCGCACGCUCUAACAUGGGCUCUGAUCAGAUGGGGAUGACCCUCAGCUCCUCGUCCUCAGAUAACCAGAGCAAGUCAUCCAGUGGAGGAGGAGGAGGAUCCCCCCUCACAUCUCCUGUCUGCUCCAAUCCUCCGUGUGAAACGCACGAAACGGGGACGACCAACACCCCGUCUCAGACUACGUCCAACCUGACAGGGACGGGCACGGUCCAGAGGGUGUGUUCCAAUCCACCGUGUGAAACGCACGAAACGGGGACGACCAACACCCCGUCUCAGACUACGUCCAACCUGACAGGGACGGGCACGGUCCAGAGGGUGUGUUCCAAUCCUCCGUGUGAAACGCACGAAACGGGGACGACCAACACAGCUACCACAGCCCAGCCUGGAGACUCGACACAAGGAGACAACGGAACUCAAGAGGCUCCCUCGUCGUCCUCGGCAACCACCGAGUCCAGCGCAUCGACGACAUCUGGCAGAGCCGUCACCACGGUUACUCAGUCCACGCCCACACCUGGGCCCUGCGUACCUGAGAUCUCAUCAAUGUCUGGGUCGUCCGAGGCGGUGGCAUCGAGGGCUGAAGAGGAAGAGGAGGCCAUGCAGACCGACUCUCUCCCAGAGGGCACAGUGAGGGUCGUGACCCUGGAAGAGGCUGCUGCAGCUGGGAUACAGGUCCAUAUGGAGGAACAGAACCAAGGGGAGCAGGAGGGUCUGCCUGCGGAGCUGAUGUCUGAAGGUGGCUCGGGGGGCCAGCAGACCCUGAUGGUGACGGGUUUAACCCCCGAGGAGCUGGCUGUUACCGCUGCAGCCGAGCAGGCAGCACAACACGCUGCGACUGAGGAGGCCCAGGCCAAGGCCAUACAGGCUGUCCUGCAGGCCGCACAGCACGCUGUCAUGAAUGAAGGAGACGGUGGCCAUCACACCACCACCAUCCCCAUUGUGUUGACUCAGGCUGAGCUGGCAGCCCUGGUACAACAACAGCAGCAGCUGCAGGAGGCCCAGGCUCUUGCUCAGGCCCAGGCUCUUGCUCAGGCCCAGGCUCUUGCUCAGCCCACCGAGGGCCUGGCCCCGGCAGACAGCCUGAACGACCCAGCGUCAGAGAGCAACGCCAAUGAGCUGGCUGCCGCAGUGACCCAGGCUGCGGCCCGAUUGGCUCCGUCCUGCACCUUAACCCCCACUCAGACAAUGAUGGUGACCAGCCCGGCUAAGAUACAGGCAGCUACAACCAUGGCAGAGGUGGUCAAUGGAAUAGAGUCUGCUGCUGGGGUGAGUGGCACGCCUCCUGCGGUGGCCAAAGCCCCGCUGAAGAAAGACAACCAGUGGUUUGACGUUGGCAUCGUCAAGGUGACCAACACGGUGGUCACGCACUACUACCUACCCGACGAAGACGCGGCUGCCGUUGAUGAUGACUCUGGGACGAUCCCGGACUACAGUCAGAUGAGGAAGAUGGACCUCCAGCCAGGGACGGCGUAUAAAUUCAGAGUGGCCGGGAUCAACACCUGUGGUCGGGGGAACUUCUCAGAGGUCUCGGCCUUCAAGACGUGUCUACCGGGCUUCCCCGGAGCUCCCUGUGCUAUCAAGAUCAGCAAGAGCCCAGACGGCGCCCACUUGACCUGGGAGCCUCCGUCGGUCACAUCUGGUAAGAUCAUUGAGUACUCUGUGUACCUGGCCAUCCAGAGCGCCCAGAGCGGGGAGCAGGCCAAGCCCACCACCACCACCACCCCAGCCCAGCUGGCUUUCAUGCGAGUGUUCUGUGGGCCCAACCCUUCCUGCCUGGUGCAGUCGUCCAGCCUCUCCAACGCACACAUAGACUACACCACCAAGCCUGCCAUCAUCUUCCGCAUCGCAGCUCGCAACGAGAAAGGUUAUGGCCCUGCCACGCAAGUCAGGUGGCUCCAAGAGAUUAGUAAAGAUGGCCUUGCUGGUAAACCUACCGUGAAGCGACCAGGUUCCUCACCUGACAUGAAACCUGCUGGUCCGAAGAAGGCCAGAUCAGACCAGUGAGGGGUUACCUUCCUCUCCCCUUGUUGUCCAUGAUGACUAUGACUGAAAUGAAUACAACACCUUCCUACUGAAUACAAUACCGCAGGCUCCACCUAGACCCCGGACUCCAACCUCUACCAGAACCCCAUCUAACCCUACAACGGCACAUCCUGAACCCAGACCAGCCCCAUCCUGAACCCAGACCAGCCCCAUCCUGAACCCAGACCAGCCCCAUCCUGAACCCAGACCAGCCCCAUCCUGAACCCAGACCAGCCCCAUCCUGAACCCAGACCAGCCCCAUCCUGAACCCAGACCAGCCCCAUCCUGAACCCAGACCCCCCCAUCCUGAACCCAGACCAGCCCCAUCCUGAACCCAGACCAGCCCCAUCCUGAACCCAGACCAGCCCCAUCCUGAACCCAGACCAGCCCCAUCCUGAACCCAGACCAGGCCCCCCAUCCUGAACCCAGACCAGGCCCCCCAUCCUGAACCCAGACCAGGCCCAUCCUGAACCCAGACCAGGCCCAUCCUGAACCCAGACCAGGCCCAUCCUGAACCCAGACCAGCCCCAUCCUGAACCCAGACCAGCCCCAUCCUGAACCCAGACCAGCCCCAUCCUGAACCCAGACCAGCCCCAUCCUGAACCCAGACCAGCCCCAUCCUGAACCCAGACCAGCCCCAUCCUGAACCCAGACCAGCCCCAUCCUGAACCCAGACCAGCCCCAUCCUGAACCCAGACCAGCCCCAUCCUGAACCCAGACCAGCCCCAUCCUGAACCCAGACCAGCCCCAUCCUGAACCCAGACCAGCCCCAUCCUGAACCCAGACCAGGCCCCCCAUCCUGAACCCAGACCAGCCCCAUCCUGAACCCAGACCAGCCCCAUCCUGAACCCAGACCAGCCCCAUCCUGAACCCAGACCAGCCCCAUCCUGAACCCAGACCAGCCCCAUCCUGAACCCAGACCAGGCCCCCCAUCCUGAACCCAGACCAGCCCCAUCCUGAACCCAGACCAGCCCCAUCCUGAACCCAGACCAGGCCCCCCCAUCCUGAACCCAGACCAGCCCCAUCCUGAACCCAGACCAGGCCCAUCCUGAACCCAGACCAGCCCCAUCCUGAACCCAGACCAGGCCCAUCCUGAACCCAGACCAGCCCCAUCCUGAACCCAGACCAGGCCCCCAUCCUGAACCCAGACCAGGCCCCCCAUCCUGAACCCAGACCAGGCCCCCCAUCCUGAACCUAGACCAGGCCCCCAUCCUGAACCUAGACCAGCCCCCUUACUGAACCCAGACCAGGCCCCCAUCCUGAACCCAGACCAGGCCCCCAAUCCUGAACCCAGACCAGGCCCCCAAUCCUGAACCCAGACCAGGCCCCCAAUCCUGAACCCAGACCAGGCCCCCAAUCCUGAACCCAGACCAGGCCCCCAAUCCUGAACCCAGACCAGGCCCCCAAUCCUGAACCCAGACCAGGCCCCCAAUCCUGAACCCAGACCAGGCCCCCCAUCCUGAAACUAGACCAGACCCCCCCAUCCUGAACCCAGACCAGGCCCCCCAUCCUGAACCCAGACCAGGCCCCCAAUCCUGAACCCAGACCAGGCCCCCAUCCUGAACCCAGACCAGGCCCCCCAUCCUGAACCCAGACCAGG